GAUCCGAACCGUUCCGACUCCCCUGACGGAUACCACAUCAAAAGAGGGGCCUUGCCUGUUGGAGAUCCAUGUCUGAAACAAGUUACCUCAAGAAGUGGUAAGCCCGUUUACGCCCAGCUGUAUUACGUCAGAAAGGAAGUAGAGAUGAUAGGAGAAGUACUAAAGGUCAAGCCACUAACCGGAAAAGAAGCUACCAAACGCGCGGUGCUCGAACAAAUCACUUCAGUUGCAUUAAUUCACAUUGCAGCUCACAGGAGGAAGGAAACCGGGGAAAUUGCUUUGGCCCCAAAUCCUGGGUAUAAGACCGAGGUUCCUAAAGAGCCGCAUUAUAUUCUAACAAUGUCCGAUGUGCAGGCUGUUAAGUUGCGAGCACGACUUGUUGUACUCAGCUGUUGUCAUAGUGGUAGAGGUACAGUCAUGUCUGAGGGCGUGGUUGGUAUGGCACGGGCUUUCUUGAGUGCUGGUGCUCGCUGUGUUUUUGCGUCACUCUGGGCCAUUGAUGACGAGGCCACAAUGGAGUUCAUGAAAAGUUUCUACAAGCAUUUGAGAUAUGGAGAAAGCGCCAGUGUUGCUCUUCACCAGGCCAUGAAAUUUCUUCGAGAAUUAGACAAGUUUUGUGCCCCGAAGUACUGGGCCCCAUUUGUACUCAUUGGCGAUAACGUUACUAUUGAAUUUGGAGAAAAUAAAUAA